AUGCGGGAAGGACUGCGUAGUGGAAGAGGACGUGGAGGAGGUGGUGGUGGAAGGAAUAAUCAAGAAGCUAGAAAGACAAUUCAGGGGAGGAAGACGCCGUUAGAAGCGGAGGAGCCUAAAGAAGAACCCCGUGAUCUUCGUAUUGGAGGAGUGCAGGGAAUUGCCACCAGAACUAGGGGGAGGAAAGCAGCGGCCGCGGCCGCUGUUCUGGAAGAGAAAAAGGAACCAGAGCCGAUUACAGCGGCGGUUGCUGUUACCGGAGAAGGAGGGAAAGUUGACUGUAAAAAGCCUAUGGGUGAUUAUAACAUCAGUGGCGGUGGGUUUGACGCUGAUGAUGAAUCAUCUCUUUCCAUUCCUAAAGAGGUGAUACUUACAGUGGCUGCCGGUGAAUUUUUCCCACAGGUUCAAUUUGAAGGUUCACCCAAGUAUAAAGUUGAAAGAAGGCUUGGGAAAGGAGGUUUUGGCCAAGUAUAUGUAGAGAUCUCAAGGUUAGUCAUGGUGUUCCUCGGGUGCAUUAUACGGGGAUGCAAGGUGGAUUUUACAUUAUGGUCAUGGAUUUGCUGGGUUCAAGCUUGUGGGAUUUAUCGAAUGAUAAGACUAGUCCGUAGGAUGACUACUGAAAUGGUUGCCUGCAUUGCAAUUGAAGCAUUAUCAAUAUUGGAAGAGCUGCAUUCUAAAGGAUACUUAUAUUUACAUCAUCUCAUGGACUAUCAGCUUGUAAAUGGAGAAUCGACCCCGAUGACCCUGCUAGCGCCCAUGUGCAGUAUGAGCAAAGGCCAGAUUUGUUCAGAUUAUGUUGUGAACUUGAAUUUUGACGAGGAACCUAACUAUGCAAAAUGCAUUUCCCUCUUUGAUGGGAUUGUUGGUCCAAAUCCAGAUAGUAGACCAAUUAACACAGAGGGCGCUCAAAAGUUCAUUGGGAAGAAGAGAGGCCGCUCUGAAGAUGCGGAAGAUAAAGAGCCAAAGAAGAAGGUGAGGAUUGGUAUGCCUGCUACUCAGUGGAUAUCUGUAUACAAUGCUCGUCGACCAAUGAAACAAAGGUAUCACUAUAAUGUAGGUGAUGAAAGACUUGAGCAACACAUUGUAAAAGGAACUGAAGAUCGUUUGCAUAUUAGUAGUCUGGCAUGUUGUCAAAAUCUUUGGGCAAUAAUCAUGGAUGCAGGGACCGGCUUCACUGCACAAGUUUAUGCGCGGUCACCUACCUUCCUUCACAAGGUUGUGGAGCUAGAUUUUACUUAUCCCAGUGAUGGUAUUCAUCGGCGAUGGGAUGUUGGAUAUCGUAUAACUGCAACCGCCGCGACUUCAGACCAGGCUGCCUUUAUACUUAGUCAACCUAAGGAGCAACUAACAGACGAUACACAGGAGACCCUUCGCACAACUGGAUUUCCCAGUUCUCAUAUAAAGGUUCAUAUUCACUCUACCUGA